AUAAGCAAACAGGUGCUAGUUUCACGGAAUUUUAUAGAAAACGCUUAAAAAUUAUAAACUAAUAAAAAAACACAAAAAACUCAGCCAUAUUUAAUUAUUUUUCGUUUUAAAAAGGGCGCGAAGCCCCUCUGCAAGGUUGUCGUUUGUGUUUGACGUCACGAAAUUAAAAUGCGACAAUAUUAUGCUGCGUUGAGACAGCUAAUGCGCUACAGGGAGACCUCGAUGAUAUCUUCAAGAUUUAGGUCGCAGUUGUUGUUCCUGUCGUCAUUCUCCGACUACACGCCCGCACAUAGAAACUACUCAAAGUUUAGCACGCACCUGUCAACGGAGCGGGCUAUGGAGUUGCUGUGUAACUUGGACGAAGAAGAACGCAGCAAUCUCCGUUGUGCACUGGGAAAGAUGGAAGCCGAUAAGGAGAAGAAACUAUACGAGAGUCAGUUGGCCGUUGGCAGUUGGCGCACUCGCUUCGGACGACUAUCAAACAAGCCCGCGUUGGGUCAGGUUAUUGCCGGGACAUUUUGUGCUGUGCCCGAUGAUUGGCUGAGAAGAAAAAUGGUCGAAUCUGCAGCAGCUCCCACAGCUAGCCAGUUAUACAGUAUAUUUUUUGUGAAUGCUGUUCCCUUUAUCGCUUUCGGGUUUCUUGAUAACUUUAUCAUGAUAAUGGCGGGCGAAUACAUUGAAUACUAUUUGGGUCACUUUAUAACGCUGUCAACAAUGGCGGCAGCUGGCCUUGGUAACACCAUAAGCGAUAUUCUAGGCAUCACUAUGGCCACCUAUGUUGAAAACGGCUGCCAGAUAUUGGGCCUGAAGCAGCCCAAGUUGACACCAGCCCAAUUCGAGCUGAAGUCCAGCAAGCGAUCAUCCAGUAUUGGUCGUAUUGUUGGCAUUACAGUGGGAUGUCUGCUUGGAAUGUGUCCCUUAUGGUUCAUGGAAGAAAAACCGUCAGAGAAGCUAGAUGCUGCGACUGACUAAACUAAAGAAAGCUAGAGGUUUGGGCUAUUUUGGCCAAUUAGAUGCGGCAUUAUUUUAAGUUAUCAUAAAUCGACGACGAUGGUUUUAUUUUAAAAUACUUUAUAUUGCCUAACAUGCAAUUUAAAUAAUUUAUUCUUAUUGGUUUUUCGUCAAUUUGAAUGAAAAGUUCUACGAUCUGGUCAUGUAUUACGUAAACACGUAUUUGGGAAAAAAAAAAUUUUUUUGGUUAGAUUUUAACUCUUUAAAUUUGUGAGUCGCCUAAUGGGCCAAGCUAAAUUAUAAAGAACUAUAAUCAAAGUCUUAGAAAAUCAAUUCACUUAAAUUUAAUUUAUAUGUAUAAUAGUUUACCAAAUAUGUAUUUAUAUUGAGAUAAAAACAAUCAAUAAGUUAAGGACUGUCCUCUUACCAAGCUACACUGAAAAGUGCCUAUUAAACGUGCUUAAAAACUUGUGCCCUCUA